AUGGGCCACUCAGGGAGACCAGUUCCGGGGAGAGGGUCAUCAGGGCCAUCCCAGUCAUAUGCUCAGUCCUCAACGAGUGCACCGCCAUCUGUGCACAGUUAUCAGCAGGGCAGUCAUUCGAGACCAGGUUCUGACAGUAGGAGGUCCCGUCAGUCCGGUCGUCCAAGAGUGGGGUCUCAGCAGCGGGGGGGAACUACAUGCCCCAAAUGUGGGAGAUUCCAUGCAGAGACUUGCUAUUUGGAUAUCCCGGUAUGUUAUAGGUGCGGGGUGAGAGGUCACAUCCAGUGGGACAGCCGUGUGCCCAGUCAGGGUAUGGGUAGGGGAUCUGCCCAGUCAUCCGGUUCUUCAGUUGCUACAUCAUCAGUGCAUCCUGCAGCUCCAGCAGGGCGCGGUGCAGCUAGGAGUGGAGCUCGUGGUAGGGGUGGACCUAGCCGAAAGGCGAAUGUGGUGGCCGACGCCCUCAGUCGGAAAUCCAUGGGUAGUUUGGCUCACUUGGGAGCGGAUCAGAGGCUCCUGGCCCGGGAGGUUUAUCAGUUGGCCAGUCUUGGGGUUUGUAUUUCGACCCCGAAUGAGGAGGAAAUCAUGGUGCAUAACAGUGCAGAAUCGUCGCUGAUAAAGGAGGCAAUUCUGAACAACAAAACUUCGGCAUUUUCACUCGGCGGCAAUGAUGGUGUGUUACGAUGUCAGGGUAGGCUAUGUGUCCCAGAUGUGGAUGACCUUCGGGAGAGGAUAAUGGCAGAGGCUCAUCAUUCCAGGUAUUCGGUGCACCCAGGUUCCACGAAGAUGUAUCACGAUCUCAAGGAGAUUUAUUGGUGGAGCGGUAUGAAGAGGGGUGUGGCGGACUUUGUGUCUAAAUGUCCAAAUUGUCAGCAAGUAAAAACCGAUGGCCAAGCAGAGCGGACUAUUCAGACGCUUGAAGACAUGUUGCGGGCUUGUGUCUUGGAUUUCAAAGGUAAUUGGGAUGAUCACUUGCCCCUUAUAGAAUUUGCUUACAAUAACAGCUUUCAUGCUAGCAUCCAAAUGGCCCCAUUUGAGGCAUUGUACGGAAGGAGAUGCAGAUCUCCGAUCGGAUGGUUCGAAGCAGGUGAAGCAGAAUUGAUAGGGCCGGAUCUCGUGCAUCAGGCUAUGGAAAAAGUUAAAGUCAUUCAGGAAAGGAUGAAGACUGCUCAGAGUCGCCAGAAAUCCUAUGCGGACGUUCGUCGAAGGGGAUUGGAGUUCCAAGUAGAUGAUUGGGUAUUCUUGAGGGUGUCUCCUAUGAAGGGAGUCAUGCGAUUUGGGAAGAAAGGGAAGCUGAGUCCUAGAUAUGUCGGGCCUUAUAGGAAAGUGGUCGGAGAUCCGUCCUCCAUUGUGCCAGUUGAAGACAUCAAGGUUACUGAAGAGUUAUCGUAUGAAGAAAUUCCGGUUGCUAUUCUUGAUAGGCAAGUCCGUAAAUUGCGAAAUAAGGAAAUUGCUUCAGUUAAAGUGUUGUGGCGAAAUCAACAAGUCGAGGAAGCCACGUGGGAAGCGGAAGAUGAGAUGAAAGAAAAAUAUCCCCAU